GAAACAUGUGAGCACAUAGUAAGCCGAAAUAGAGAUAGAGAUAGAGAGAGAGAGAGAGAGAGAGAGAGAGGAGAAGCUUUGCUGGCAAAUCUCUCUCUCGUCUUCGUCUUCGUCUUCUUCACCAUUUCUGAGACUCACGAGCUACUUGCUCACUCCAUUGAGCUGCUCUGUCUCUUCUUCGUUGGAAGAGAAAGCAGAGCAUCAGCCGGAGCAAACCCUAGUGGGAGCAGGGUUUCGGUGAGGGCGAUCCCAAAUGUGGCAGGUCCUGUUAGCUGCCGCCGUGGCGGGGUCCACCGGACUCGUCGCCAAGCACUUCCUCGCCCCGGCUGCCGACCUCUCCAAAGCUCUAGACUCCGAUCAUGCCCCGGAGCUGGAAGCCGCCGAGCCUUCGACCCCCCGGGCUACCAUCUCGGUCCCGAAUGCGUCUGAAUGCGAGCGCAGCUGCGGGAGAUCGGAGGAUAUCUUCAGGUUCUCCAGCUCCGGGUCCAGCAGGGCUCAUUCGAAGGGUUCGAGGAAGAAGUUCGGGAGCGGUUCUCGGAAAUCUGCCGGAAAGAAAGCUGAUGGCGGAGACAGUGGCACGGCGCAUAGUAAGAGCGGGAGGAAGUUCCGCAUCUGCUUGAAGAGGAGGAAGACUGGCAAGAAUGUGGCGCCGAAAUGCGGAUUGGGCUUGUCGAAAGAGAGCUCUUCAUUCAACUAUGGAUUGGGUGUUGGAAUCAUGUACAUGAUGUCCACUGGGAAAGCUGAAAUCAGCAGGCUCAACACAGCAAUGGACGAGACUGCUAAAGUCGUUAAGGAACUAAAAACAGAGCUUCAUCGGAGAAGAUCUUCACAGAAUACGCAAUAUUUGAGCUCGGCAAAAGGAUCCUAUGGCAGCUCACGAAGGCCUGCAGGCAAGCAUAGCCAACUAGCAAAUAAAUUGAGGACAGAGAAUACUGAGCCCAAUGAUACACAAAUGUUUCCGCUGCCAGCAGUCGAUGAUGGUGAAUAUGCGAGUAGCGUCCUUACUGAGGAACCUGAGCAGGAGGUAAUGGAAAUGAACCAACUGGAAGCAGAACUCGAGUCUGAACUAGAAAAGCUUCCGUGGAGCCUCGGGGAUAUGUCUUGUGAAACACAGCCAUAUAUAGCAGAGACUGAAGUUGCAUAUGCAAUGGAUCACGAAGCUGGACAUGAAGUUCCCGGCUCUUGUCAGUUCAGUGGUGUUCGACCAUCUGAGCUGAAUCAGAAACUCUCCCGCUUGCUCAUCGAACAGCAGGAUAGCCAAAUAACAGAGCUGGAGACAGAACUGAACUCGACUCAAUCCAAGCUCCGUGAGAAGGAAGCCGAGCUACAGGCACUUAAGGACUGUGUCAGACGACUCACCAACUUUUCCAUCUCAAAUGGCUCGGAUGAUGAAACGGACGCACAUGAUGGGGAGGAAUGGACGGGCAACUGGGAUUACAGUAAUGGCUUGAGAUCUGAUUCUGCUCAGUCAAGCAGACCCGUGGUCGGCAUGAAGAGGCCCAUUGACGCCUGAGCUAUUAUAUCUGUGAGGCCAUGGCCAUUAGAGCAGAGGUUUCUUCUCCAUGAAAUGGCAGGUAGAUAACUAACAAUAAUCUUAACCUCUGAAUGUUACAUUUUGACUGUAACUGAAACCAUGGAAUCACAGUGGACCAUGUGGUUCAGUGUUAGUUAUUUUAAAGAGUAGAUCUUAGGACUUAAUGAGUUCUAAAAAUGCUAAUAUCCUUGGCAUCAAAGUGGGCCCCCCGCGCUUCUUCUGCCAUCUUUAAGAACUGUUUAUCAUCUUCUAAUAAUAGAGAGCUAUUUUCAACA